AUGCUUAAGAAAUUAAAGAGGAUAAUCAAGGAUAUCAACAAGGAUCAAUACUCAAAUCUUGAGAAACGUGUCGCAGAAGCUCUUGAUAAACUCAUAAUAUGCCAAAACAAUCUUCUUUCCUCCUCAACCCCAGCUCUAGCUAUCUUGGAGAAAGAAGCCCAUCAAAGGUGGUAUGAACUGGCUCUUUCAGAGGAGUGCUUCAUGAGAAAGAGAUAUAGAGUCACCUGGGUGGACUGUGGGGACAAAAACACAAAGUUCUUCCACCGUUUCAUGGCUGCCAGACGCGCGAUGAACCAGAUCCACUACUUGUUCGAUGACUUUGGUUUACGGUUAGACAAGUUAGAAGAUAUCUAA